UCUCUCUGCACUCCUCUCACUUAUUAUUCUAUGGUUAUACACGAGUCGAGUUUGACGUGUACCAGUUCGCCGGUGAACGAAUUUCGUGCAUCAUCAUCCGUCUCGAGGAAGUUAACAAUGUUACAAAUAGCGCUUUUAAUCGCAACAUGCAUUUUUUCCGGCGCGUACUCUGCAAGUCUUGAGACGGUGCACGAUGAUGAACUUCUGAACCUCAUCAAGACUGAAAAAUAUGUCGUCGUCCUAUUCACAAGGAAGGAUUCUCCAGAAUGUGAAAACUAUGUGAAUCAAUUGAUCCACUUGCGGGAAGACUUGGUUGAUUCCUUGUCGGCAUGGAUCGUAAAGGCUGUCGACAGUCAAUUGUUACAACUGUACAGCACCGACAAAGAGCCGAUCCUACUUUUCUUCAGACAUGGGCUUCCAUUGUUAUAUGAUGGACGUUUGAACGACGACGAUAUAUUAACUAUGUUUACGGAAAAUAAAGUACCUGCGGUGAAGGAACUCACAGACGAUACAUUUGAGCAUUUAACUCAAGCGAGUAGCGGCGCUACAACCGGCGAUUGGUUUGUCAUGUUUUACAGCACAGACUGCGUACAAUGCUUGCGUAUGAUCGCAAGAUGGGAGACAGUCGCCGCAAAGCUCAAGCAGAGAGUGAACGUAGCGCUUAUCAAUAAAUCCACAACUGGAGCUUCCACAGCCAGGAGAUUUAAUGUUUAUGACACUCCGCAAUUUAUAUUCUUCAGACAUGGCAAGAUGUACCGGUACGAGACAGGAAGGCAUGAUAUCAAUUCCCUCGUCUCGUUCGCCAAAGAGUGGUACAAAAAUGUGAAAGCAGAGAAAGUGCCCGUGCCUCAAAGUCCCUUCGAUAAUCUCACGCAAAUCAUCGCCAACUUUCUCCUCGAUAAUCCAUGGGUACUCAAGCUAGGCAGCAUUUGUAUCGGGGUGUUUGUUGUUAUUACAGUUGCAUCGAAAUUCCGGCAAAAACCCGAGGCUCCGCAGAAGAAGGAGAAGUAAAUCUACCGCGUUUGCCAAAGAUAUACGAACGUUUCUCUAUAUAUAUAUAUUCCGGUUACUAUCUCUACAGUGGUAAAAGAUAGUAUUUUCGAUUGUACGUUAGAUUAUUGCAUGUAAAAUGUCCAAGAAACCUUUAAACUUGACACGUUGGUUGCUCGAUCCCGAUUUAGAGAGACGACACUUCUCCAGUCGUACAAACACAACAAAAUUGUACCUUCUACAAGCUGCGAGUCGAAAGAAUCGAAAUAGUGUUCAUUACAUAGGUAAUUUUAUACUCGUUUUAUAUAGAUCGAAUGUAUCACCGGGGUACACACACGCCUUCCCCUCGAAUAUUUUGCGCCAAAUGUAUUCACUGGCGACACAUUGGCAGCUGACGUGUUGAUGAUACGCAUUUUCGCAUAAAUCUAUAUUUCUACCCUCAAAGGAAGCUUCUCAAGUUCUGAAUUUUAAAUAAUCGAAACAUUCAAUUGCUCAAACGGGAGUGUGCGGUAGAUGACAUCUCUCGAUUAAGCGCAUGUAACGUUCUCGAAGUUACCCUAACAUCGAUGAGCAAAAAAACGCCGACGCAUUUCAUGUGUAACAAUCUAAUGCACAAAUAUACUUGUAUUAACCUCGGCACGAUAAAAUAGAUAUAUUUUUUACUCAGGGUGUAUCUAGACGUACAUCUGAAUAGGAGACUCGCGUAACGAUAAUAAGCGGUAUUCGCGAAAGGAGAAGCGACAUUUACUGAAGUUACUUAACUAGACACAAGCUAACAUCCGCUUUGCCGAAAGAAAAAGAAAGGGGAUUUUUAUUGUCAAGCUAUUGCGCGCAAUGCAUCCCGUCGAUUGCAUAUGUGAUAGUGCGUUACUUCUAUUGCUUCGGAUAUUAUUGUUAGUGUAACUCUAUUCGAUACAAUUUUUGUAAUGAUUGCAAUAUACGAAGGACUUGUAAAUAAAUUAUAUCAUACAAAAUUA